GGGAGCUCUGCCUGCCGCCGGGUUGCCGAGGCUGAGCUGAGCCGAGCGGCAGCGCGGGGCCUUGGACACGUCGGACCGGGAGCGGGCGGGGAAGAGGAGCCCUCAAAGGCGGCGGGGCCAGGCCGGCAGCUCUCCGCGAGCGCGGCCCGCCGCUGGGCAGAGAAAGGCAAGGAAGGCGAGGGGAGAGCCACAAGCCCAGCUUUUGGCCGCCGCUGAGACAAAGAAGCGAAGCUCGCCGCCGAAGGCACCUCGCUCCCUCGCCCCUCUUCUUUCCGCCUCCUCCUCCUUCUCCUCCUCCUGCCCAUCCGCGCCCCUCGCUGGGCCGGAGCCCGGAGAGACAGACCGGCAGGCGGGCAGAGAGACUCCAUGAAAGAUGACAGAAGAAGUUAUUGUUAUAGCGAAGUGGGAUUAUACUGCCCAACAGGACCAAGAACUUGACAUAAAAAAGAAUGAACGCCUCUGGCUGCUGGAUGAUUCCAAGACAUGGUGGAGGGUAAGAAAUGCAGCCAACAAAACAGGAUAUGUGCCAUCAAAUUAUGUGGAGAGAAAGAACAGCUUGAAGAAAGGCUCCUUGGUUAAAAAUCUAAAAGACACAUUGGGUUUGGGUAAAACAAAACGAAAGACAAGUGCUAGAGAUGCCUCUCCAACUCCUAGUACGGAUGCAGAAUACCCAUCGAAUGGUAGCAGUGCUGAUAGGAUUUAUGAUCUGAACAUCCCUGCCUAUGUGAAGUUUGCCUAUGUGGCAGAGAGGGAGGAUGAACUAUCUCUUGUUAAAGGAUCUCGAGUGAUUGUUAUGGAAAAAUGCAGUGAUGGCUGGUGGAGAGGGAGCUACAACGGACACAUUGGCUGGUUUCCUUCAAACUAUGUAGUUGAAGAAGUUGACGAAGCAACUGCUGAUUCGCCUAGUUUUCUAAGUUUGAGAAAAGGAGCAUCCAUGAGUAAUGGCCAAGCCAUGAAAAUACUUCACAUUGUCCAGACAUUGUAUCCAUUCAGUUCUGUCACUGAAGAAGAGCUCAAUUUUGAAAAAGGUGAAACUAUGGAAGUGAUAGAGAAACCAGAAAAUGACCCAGAAUGGUGGAAAUGUAAAAAUUCUCGUGGGCAAAUUGGUCUUGUUCCCAAAAACUAUGUAAUAAUCUUAAGUGAGGGUCCUACCAUUAAUACUUCCCACCCUCCUCAGAUAAGCUACACAGGGCCUUCUUCUACAGGACGGUUUGCAGGAAAAGAAUGGUAUUAUGGGAACGUUACUCGACAUCAGGCAGAAUGUGCUUUGAAUGAAAGGGGAUCAGAAGGCGACUUCCUUGUCAGAGACAGUGAAUCUUCACCCAGUGACUUUUCAGUAUCUUUAAAGGCUUCAGGGAAGAACAAACAUUUCAAGGUGCAGCUGGUGGACAAUGUCUAUUGCAUUGGUCAACGUCGAUUUAAUACUAUGGAUGAGUUGGUGGAACACUACAAAAAGGCUCCUAUCUUCACCAGUGAGCACGGGGAAAAGUUAUAUCUUGUCAAAGCACUUCAGUGACGUUGAAGAUGGACUAGGCCUGUUGGGGUCUUUUGUAACUUAAAAGCCUUAGGUCCUCAAUCACUUUUAUAGAGAGCAGGGCACUCUGCACCAGACACAACUGUCAGUGGAUGGUCUCUUUCUGAGUAUUUGCUCUGUUGGUUAUAUUCUCUUUUCCUCCUUGCUUUUCUCUAUCCCCAUUUUUGCCUAUUAGUCUUUUUAAAAAUUAAGUUGUUUUGAAUCCCCUCAGGUUGAAAAUUUCACUUAUGUGGGCCAUUGUAAGCACUCAUUUUAUUUCCUAGGUUCUUAACUCUUCUAUGUAUGUUUACAGAGUUAAUCCAGAUAAAGGAGGGGUGUUCUCAAGUGAGAAACAGUGUUAUCAGACGGCUCCUAUGGCAAAAAUCAUCAUUGACAGACUGGGACAGUUGAAUGCACUGAACCUGCAGCUAACUAAGUGAAAUAAUAGUAGACAUAACGGUUGUGGCUGUGAGUUCUGUAGCUAUUUUGCUUACCAAGUAAUAUAUUUCUGAAAUUCCUAGUUUCUAGAAGCAUUCUUCCCACACUCUACUUCAACUAUUACAUUGCUUCUUUGGCUCUUUGUGAAGAGUACACUAACUAAAGCAUUUUGUAAUAGUUCUUCUCAAACUACUACGGUAUGAUUGUAGUAAAGAAAACUAGCGUAUUUUGACAUGUAAUUUCAACUGAGAUGUUUCAUUGAAAGUUGAUUAUUUAGAGAAUCAUUGAAUUGUAAUGGUUGAAUGUUUUGGUAUCUACAACCAGAUGUGCCAUCCACAUAAUGCUUUCUCUUCUUGCCCUUCUGCUUGUUUGAAUUAAACAGUUAUGUAUUUAAUUCUUAAAGUAAUAUGUAUCUGUAGCCGAUUGACACUAAUACAGAAGUUUAAUAAACAUAGCUAAUUAUGGGUGGGUGGGGCUUCCAGCACAUACAUACAUAACAUACAUACAUACUUACUUAUAUAUAUAUAUUUGCAUAACAGAAAAAAAUCAGGGUUUACAGAAGGUGGUGUGAUUGAUAGUAAGACACACAGAAUGUUAUAUGAAGAAAAUGAGUUUCCUUUGUGUUUCUUUUAACCUUCUUAUGGUUUUAAAUAUAGUAUUGAUGGCACAUUCCUGAAAAUAUUAAAAAAGGACCUUGUUGAUCCUGGAAACUUGCAUACCUCCCCCACCCCACUUUUUUGAUAUUGUAAUAAAAAGGUAUCAUGUGAAGAUGGAGUAUUGAAUUUAUCCUUGGUAAGGGCAUUGACAGUGAUAUCAUUGUCAAAUCAGUGCAAAGAUAGCAUUUCCCCUUUACAUAAAUCUGGACAAAUCAAACAUUUUGUAGUUUUGCUUUGUUGGAAUAGCAUGGAUAUCAUUAACAGUUAACUUUGAAUGAACAUUUUUUUUUUAUUAAAAGAUGUUACAAAGAUUUUAAAACCUACAGAAACACAGUAGAAGAAUAGAAAAAGAAAGAUUAUAAUAGGGUAAAAGGAAAAAUGCAUGGGAAAAACCCCAAGAAAAAUAUCUGAUUUCUCAUUUUGCAACAGUUACAAACGAUCUCCACUGUCUCACAUUGCAUAUGAAAGCUCCCUUCUUCUUAUAAAAAAACCUUUUUUAAUCAAUCCUGAAACCAGCAAUUUGUUUUUGUCCAUUUUCAGCAAAGUGUCUACACAGGGUUUCCACUGUUUAUAAAAAUAGUUGUAGUACCUUCCUUAAUGAAACAAAUCAAUGUAGCCAUCUCUGCAAACACAGCCAACUUCAUACUCGAUUCCUCCAUUAUUGGUGUUUCUGUGGUCUUUCAUCUUUGUGCAUAUAAUAGCCUUCUGCAGUUACCAUGUAUAUACCAAUUGUCCAUGAUCUUUUUCAGUUGAUUGUCCGUAAGUUCUAACAAGAAAAGUUCUGGCUCCCAAAACUCUGCAUCACUAAAUGUAUUUGUGUCCAAAUUAUUUUUACUCCUUCACAACUCUUGGUAAAAUGUCCGUUCAUGUUUUUCACAUUUCCAAAAACAAUUAGAAGUAACUUUAACAAUUUAGACAUUUCUGUGGUGUCAUAUACCAACAUUACAUCAUUUUUUUUUUAAAAAAGUGUUCUUUUAAAUUGUAAGAUUUUUUUAACCACAUGGUCUCCCAUAUUAUCCAUUUGAUUAUUAUAAACAAAAUACUUGGCUCAUUUUAUCAUACCUUUUUUUAACUCAGUUCAAAUCUCAAUAAAAGUUUAUACAUUUUAGCAAUUAAGUGUUCACUAUUUGUGCAUAACUAAUUUUCAAAUGCCAUUUCAUCUCAGUCUAUCUCCGGUCCUUUUAAAUAUAUAUUAAAUCUUACUCUUCAUUGGGCAUAUGGAACUAUUGAAAAUUAAACCCCUCUAUGGUUAA